AUGAGUAAUCUAUUAAGUUUCAGCAAAUAUAUUACGAGUAUAAGGGACAAGUUUGCAAAAGGCAAAGGUUGCCCCAACACAAAUGACCUUAAGAGAACAUUAUGUCUGAUAAAUACAGCUGGCCAGGGCCAAGGGAUCCAAGGGAAGAUGGAAGCCUCAAUACUAACCGAAGGGGAAAGGGAAGGUUUAGAGCAGGUACUGAAGAGGAGCAGGAGCAUCUGUUUAGGAUUGGAGGUUUGGGCGGCUAAUUUAGACGUCCAAAGCACGGGCAAUAAAUAUUUGUUAACCGAAAAGGAUUGUAAGGCCAAUGAUACGGGACAUGGGGUUGGUAGUGGCGGAGCGAAAGGUAGAUGUGACACGAGAGACACAAGCCUAAAAUGGACCAACUGGAAGGACACAUUCCCGAGCAGAUGGAAUACAGAAGACGAGAGGAGUUUUAGGGCGUGUGUCGAUAUCGUGGAGAUGAUAAUAGCAGCAUUUAGGAUAAAGGCGGGAAGUGCGUCGACAACAGGAACUGGUACGUUAGAGAAGGGGGGGUGUGCGAAAUUGAGUAAAAUGUUAUCUAAGUGGUCGGAUGAAACCGUAAGCGACCUAAUAAUGCAGGGGUGGUUUAAUGAUGGAGUGCGGGGUGCCUGGGAGUGGAACCAGUAUAAGAUGAGCGGGAAGGAUUUCUUUGAUAUUGUGCAGGAAUUGAUAUAUGGGGAUAACCAGGGGCAUAGGGAUAUAGGGUGUAGAAAGAAGGGAGAAGAACAAAAGGAUUUAUCAGAUUGUGACGGUCCGUGGUGUUAUGUGGACUUACAGGGGAGCCGUGAGAUAGAGGAAAACAAUGGGGGGCAUCAGGGUCCCAAUCGAUGCCCCCAGGCAGCCGAUUGCGGACUCCAGUCAACUAUAGUCAAGAGCAGCCAGGAGACUCAGGAGGGAACAUGCACUGCCGGAGGGGAAACUGAAUGUCCGAACAAUGCUAUCUCCAUGGAGGAGGGGUCUCUGGAAUCAGGAAACCCAGCAGGAGAAGCAGGGAAAACCUUCGGCAACUCGACCUCAAAUGAGAACAGUUCCGAAGCUUCCGCUGUUCUCGGACCAGUGGGUUCUGUAUUGGGGGUAGUUUUAGCUAUGGCUUCUGGUUAUGGCAUUUAUAGGAUUUUCUUGAGGAAUCGUAGGAGGAGAAAUAGGAGAAGGAGCAAUAGGGGCGUGAUGAGCGAGGAUACUGCAGGUUCGCAAGGAGCAUUCGCAAGGUCCCUUAAAUUUGGUGCACUCGUAUAA